AUGGCCGGGCUUGAAGCCAAGGGGGCAGACGCGUCACGUUCUAAUUUUUGCAGUAGCGAAGAGCUAGGGUAUCGGGCCUCGGACAAGCUAGAGUGCUGGGAACAAGACAUGGGUAUCGUGGAGGAAGUGGGGUCGGUCGUCAUUGGAGGAGGUAUAUGCUUGGCAGUAGGCGUCGAGGAGUAUGCCUGUUCCGCUUCUCGUAGCGCACUUUCCGCAUCCCAAUCCCAUUCGUCCAUCACGUCGUCUGACCAUGGCUCAGACAAUGAUGGCGGUGCUGCAGACACGGUCGCCGUAGGUGCCUUGACCUCUGUCAUGCUGGACAAGGGCCGUGCAGGCGCCGACGAGGCGUGUGAUGCCUCUACCCUACGUGCCGGCGGCAAUGCGUUGGAUGCUGGCCAUGGCUUUACGUCCACACUUAGCUUCUCUGAUAUUUGGGCGGCUAGGUCGGCAUAA